AUGGAAAAUCUAACGAAACUCAAAUUCGCAGGUCUUGACAUCUCAGGAAAUAAUUAUAUUUCUUGGGCACUUGAUGCCGAGCUUCAUUUGGAAGCUAAAGGCCCCGGGCAUGCUAUUACGGAAGGAAACAACGCGUCCAACCAGGACCGCGCUACGGCUCUAAUUUUCCUUCACCAUCAUUUCCAUGAUGAUUUAAAAAGGGAAUAUUUGACAGUUAAAGAUCCAUUUACUUUAUGGAACUACAUGAAAAAACGGUUUGACCACCUGAAGUUGGUCAUACUUCCAAAAGCUCAGAAUGAUUGGUUGAACUUGCGGCUGCAAGAUUUUCGAUCAGUGGCAGCUUAUAAUUCUGCUCUAUUUAAAAUUACCUCGACAUUAAAAUUGUGCGGGGAAAAUGUCACUGACGAACAAAUGUUAGAGAAAACAUUUACAACUUUUCAUGCCUCGAAUAAUAAUGAGCUUUUGUUAAGAAACCAUGAAGCUCGUCAUGUUGGUUCCGCAUCGGUGCCUGAAGCACACGCUGCUACACAUUUUAGACGAGGAAAUAAUCAUGGUAACAAAGGAAAAUAUGGAAAUGGUAAAGGAAACCAACGUGGGGGCCACAAAAAUGAACGAGGAAAGGGUGUCCGUUACCAGCCGUACCAACGGCCGCUAAAAAUUGCGGAACCAAAGGAACCGAAGCAAGAAAAGGGAAGGGGUUCUUCUAGUCAACCUCCUCAGAAAAGUGUUUGA